ACGUGUCCGAGCCUGCCCACCACCACCAGUCCACCGCUCCGCUCCUCUCCACUACCGCCGCCACCACCCCCAAAACCCUCGCCCCGGCCGGAGGGGAGGAGAGCGACCGAGGAGGAGGAAGCGAGCGCGACCGGCCGGCGGAGAUGCAGAUCUUCGUGAAGACGCUGACGGGGAAGACCGUCACGCUGGAGGUCGAGAGCAGCGACACCAUCGCCACCGUCAAGGCCAAGAUCCAGGACAAGGAAGGCAUCCCACCGGAGCAGCAGCGGCUCAUCUUCGCGGGGAAGCAGCUGGAGGACGACCGCACGCUGGCCGACUACAGCAUCCAGAAGGAGUCCACGCUGCACCUGGUGCUUCGCCUCCGCGGUGGCGGCAGGGGCGGCUACCCUACCGUGACCGUACCGUGGGACCUCAUCAACCUUGCCCGCAAACACAAUGAGAAGAAGAUGGUCUGCCGCAGAUGGUACAAUUCCUCAUGCAGCCGAGGAGGUUGGUUCAUUUUGGUGGAAAGAUCUGUUGAAGCUAUGUGACCAAUUCAGAGGUGUGGCUACAUGUACGGUGGGAGAUGGAAAAAGUGUUCUUUUCUGGUUAGAUGUUUGGAAUAACAGGCUCCUAAAGGACUCACUUUCAAGGCUCUUUAGCUUUGCAAAAAACCAGAAUAUAUCGGUGGCACAAUUCCUACAAACCAACACUAUAGAAGAGCAAUUCUACACACCAUUAUCAAUGGAAGCCUACCAAGAGUUUGAAGAACUUCAAAGCAUCAUCCAGGGAAUACAAGUAUCAGUAGAUCGACAAGACACCUGGCACUACAUAUGGGGUUCCAACAAAUAUUCCUCCAAGCAGUUCUAUAACUUUCAAUUUAGAAACAUCAAGCCACCAGACCCUUUUCUCUGGAUAUGGAAGUCCAAAUGCAGCAACAAGUUGAGAGUCUUUUGUUGGCUUCUUUUAAUGGACAGAUUAAACACAAAGAACCUAUUGAGAAGAAGGAGUUUUCAUAUCAAUGGAGGAAAUUAUAGUUGUGUAAUGUGUAAUGAAAACAUUGAAGAAACAGCAUUUCACUUGUUCUUCAACUGCAACUUUGGUAGAGCUUGCUGGGGCAAGAUUGGCAUGCAAUGGAAUCAGAACCUUCCAUUCUUCAGAAUGAUGAAGACAGCUCAAGAAUUAAACAACAACAGUUUCUUCAUGGAGAUUUUUAUUAUAGCUUGCUGGAAUAUAUGGAAACAGAGGAAUGCUUUAAUAUUUGAGGGCAUCAGGCCAUCCAUCAACUCAUGGACCUUCCACUUCAUUGAGGAGGCCAAGUUACAAUCUCACAGAUUAAAAGAUAACAGUAGAGAGGACUUUCUAAAUUGGGUCAAUUCUGUACAGUAGCUACCAUGUGUAGCAUCUGAAGUUGUUUUUUUUAAUGGGGAUCAUGCCAUCCCCAUGCUUUGUACAACUUUUUACUUAUUUUUAUUAUUUUUAAUAUACUACCACAGUGGGGGUCUCCCCUGCUGUACAGUUAAAAAAAACAUUUGUCUUGAUAUGUAUUUCAAUAUCAUAACUUUAUUGGAUUAUAAAUUAUAAGUCCUUGUGAUUGUUGGUAA